GUUAUCACGUACACGGAACAAUACGGGAAUAUGACCAAGCAUUUUGUUUAUUUAUAAGCAUUUGCACAAAUGAUACUUUCGUAAAUGAAAAGGUGUUACCAGUGACACUCGUUUGAUUUAAUUCUAUAUUGCUGUUAUUUUUUCCGUGUUUUUUUUUUAGAUCAAUAGAAUUAUGGAAAUAGAAUUUCUACCAGAAAGUCAAGAUUACAGUGUGGCAGAAUUCUAUGAUCAAUUUCACACACACUUGCCUGUUAUGGUGCAAGUUAAUCAAGGAUUUCAAGGACAUAUUAUUGAGGACACGUUUGGAAAAGGAGAGAUACUCUAUAUAGCGGCUAUAUCAAAGCAGAAACGUGUUGUGGCAAAUGUUCACACCAGGAAACAUUGCAGAGUUCUGAGUAUCCCUGAAGCCUAUUCAGAAAAUCUAUGUACCAUAAAGCACGGAAAACCUGGGCAUGAACAUAGUCUUUCCGAAAUAUUGAAGCACCACCAUAGACUGCCUUUAAAAGUCCAGUAUCCACCGAACGACAUCAUAAUAAUGGGAAACAAAAGCUUCAACUCGAAGGAAUUGCCACACCUGGAACUUGUGAAGACAUUUGAGGAAAUAUACCUGCUCGGAAACUAUUUAGUAGACGGGAAGUUAGGUACAGACAUCCUCCAUGUUCCUUUGUACCUUUCACAACUGAGGCUCUGUCGGGUUACUGGAAUCAAGCUCCUGUCGGAAGAUGGAUGGAAAAAGCAUUGUGAUAUGUUAGAGGAGGAAAGUCGACAUAUGGAAUAUGAUCUUCUGUUUGGAAAUCGAUAUGUUGCAGAAUAUGAUCAUGCUGAAAUACACCCGGAUACGAAUUACGCAUAUGCUGAACCCUUAGUUUACGACGACCUUAUCAACUUGAUGUUUCAUUGGCCGGAAUGUCAUUUCGGAAGUGCAGCCAGUGAUUCAUCUGCGCAUAAAAGUACAGACAAAUCACACGUGGAAACCGUGAUGCCGGAAUGUUCAUCCAGUGAUUCCUCUGCGCAUAUAAGUACAGACAUUUCACACGUAGAAGCCGUGACAGAACAGAUUCAUAAUUUAGAAAUUGAACAAACGAUUAACGCGAAAAGUGGAAAGAGAUCUGAGUCUUUGCAUUCCAAUACGUUUAAAAAGGAUCAAAUUGAAGAAGACUAAGCUAUAGAUACAGAGAUAUUUUUUGCUUCAGGAGAUUAAACAAACCUUCCUCAUUAGACUAUUGUGAAUAAUAAACAUUAGCUGGGCAUGUCAUUGAACUUGAAGCAAGUACUAUAACCUAUGGGCUAUUGAAAAAUAUGCUCGACUUUUGUAACGGAAACACUGCUUGACUCCAGGAGCGCAGUAUAUUCGGCAAAAGAACGACUACAUAUUUCUCGAUACAAAGCUUAUACACGUAACAGUAUUUUUAUAUACACAUUUAUUCUCAUGAUAAUUACAUAAAUGAUAUACUAGUAUAUUUCUUUUUAUUUAUUAUUUAGCGUGCUUGAAAAUUGAAAAUGCUGCCCAUCAGGAAAUGUUUCAACACAACAAAACAAAUCAACAUGACUUCACAAAUAAUGCCAUGCUAAAUUUGCAAGUCAACGUAUCAAAACUAUUCAGGUUUGAUGUUCCAUGUUACUUGAAUUAGUUAGAAAUGUGUUCUGUAGUAGCCAAAAAUAUUGUUAUGUAAGGAUGAAGAAACUGAAAUGUUUAUGUCUAACACAGUGACAAUGUAAGCAAUUAAUAAAGCCAGGGAAAGAUUCAAAUCAUCUAAAAAGUCUAUGCUCUUAAAAGAUAAGUAAAUUGCAAAUAUAUCAAGGUAAACACAUUAACAUUUAAUACAGCAAACUCUGAACUUGUAACAAUAUACACUUAGUAGAUGUGCAUACUAGUUAAAACGUACUUCUUCCGACCGUGAAAUAGCAUUGCAUGCGGAAUAUUUACAUAUAGACAGUGUAAGGGAGGAAACUACUGUAGUAACGCGCAACAUUGCAUGAUUCGAUAAGAACACAUAUUAACCAGGGCAUCGUCUUUCGGAGAACUGCUACGGGUUGACUUAGUCAAAUAACAUCUAGUUACGCUGGAAAACGUUUUAAAGGGUGUAAUAUACUAAAAGAAAUACUUUAUUUCUAAAGUGGGUCCGUUACAAUUUAGAAAACAUUGAAAAUGAAGCUUGACAAGAAAGUUGAAGUAGAUUCAAUGUCAUAGCUGGAAAAAAGCUUCUGAUUUUUUUGUAGUGUAGAAUUUUGUAUUGAAGAAGAAUAACAAGAGAACCAAAAGUAGCUUCUUCAUUUUGUUAUGAAAAUGAUCUUGCUUAAUGCUUUUCAAAACCGUUACAGGAUUCUAAGA